GUUUCCUUCGUCUCUCUCUUUCUCUCUCUCGAUUUAUGUAUAUGAACGUCAAAUGAAACACACACGCACCUCAAUGUCAAUUUGUGUCCCGAUUUGGAUUUUCCUUUUUCCAGGUUUAGGUAUUUCUUUGUAUAUCAAUAUUGUUAACUGUGGAAUCGAAUCCUUGGAUCUGUUCUCGUUAGCCACCAACGAAGUUCUGUAUGUUCGAAGAAUUGCUUGAAUUCGGAUUAAAUUUGAUCUACGUUGUGAAAAACAUUUUGGUUGUUAACUUUUUGGUGUUAAUAUGAAUAUGUGGCAAUCAUUUUUUAGUGUUGCAGAGGUAUAGGAAGAAAAGGAUGAUCGGAUCGUGACUUUUGAAUUUGGGAGAUAAUUGUGUGUGUGUGUGUGUGUGUGGGUUUUGUUUGUAAAUAAAAUGUGGGCGCCUACUUUGAGCUCUAGUUCAUGUUCAAGUGAGGAGAGGGAAGAGAGCAGUGGAGAAGCUACGCUUACCCCUGUUUAUCUCAAUGUCUAUGAUCUUACGCCUGUCAACAAUUACCUUUAUUGGUUUGGUAUUGGCAUUUUUCAUUCUGGAAUUGAGGCUCAUGGUUUGGAAUAUUGCUAUGGAGCUCACGAGUAUCCAUCGAGUGGGGUAUAUGAAGUAGAACCUAGGAACUGUCCAGGGUUCAUCUUUCGACGGUCGGUUUUAUUGGGAACUACCACCAUGUCCCGUUCAGAUUUCCGCACUUACAUGGAGAAGCUUUCAAGAAAAUACCAUGGUGACACUUACCAUUUGAUUGCCAAGAACUGUAACCAUUUCACUGAAGAAGUAUGCUCGCAGCUUACAGGAAAGCCUAUUCCUGGAUGGAUUAAUCGGCUGGCCCGAGUAGGUUCGUUCUGUAAUUGUCUUCUGCCAGAAAGCAUUCAGCUUACAGCUGUUAGUGCUCUUCCAGAACGCCUUGAAUUCUCUGAUGAGGAGGAAUCAAACUCAGAGGCAUCUUCUGUGUCAGAUGAAGAAGGAUCAGAGCAGCAUCUCAUAAAUGCAGCUGACAGAGAGAUUGUGUAUCUACAAAACAAACCAGUGCGACUUACCAGAGAGGAGAUCCCCUGAGAAAUCAAUCAGCCACGACUUCCUCCUGAAGCUACCCAACCAACCAAUCAGAACUUGUGGAGUGUAAAACUGUGUACCCAUGGGAGCUGAAAGGGAGUAAGUGAUAUCUCGUUUUGUCACUUUGAUGUUUCUCCUCAUUAUUCGAUUUGGUAUUCUUCUCGUCAUUUUAGGAAUGUAAAAAUGGAUUCCGGAUUUAUGUAAAGGUGAACUUAUCAGAUAUGUUUUACCGAAAUUCUUUAGCUUUGGCUAUCAGUAUUACAAAUUCUCAUUCUUUUCCAA